AUAUAUAUAUAUAUAUAUAUGUAUGUAUAUAUAUGUGUAUAUAAAUAUAUAUUUAUAUUUUUUAAUUAAAACAAAUGACACGUUUAUUUCAAUACAAUAAUGUAUAUGAUCUGUUAACGCAUUUGCUUUUUGCAAACUCACCCACAACACUUUCUUGGUAUGCAAAUUUCGAACUGUAAUCACAAACCAGUACUUCAGUGCCAAUUAAUUAAAACCUUUAAAUUAAAAAAAAAAACUCACCUAAAGGAGAUACAGUGCAACAGUAUAAACAAACUUUACAAACAAAAUUACAGAUUGGUUUUCCAUCUGAACAUUCAUCAAGCACACAUCAGUUUAGCCAAUAUGGUGCUUGUUAUGAGGCACGGUGGUCACUUAAUCUGGAUGGGCCUUCUAGUUUGUUGCUUGAUAGACCUUGGUGCCAGUCUGGAAUUCACUGGAGCAGAAGGGCAGUGGGCUCGGUUCCCUAUGUGGAAUGCUUGUUGCGAGAGUGAAAUGAGCUUUAACAUGAAGACCAAAAGUUCCCAUGGCCUCUUGGUGUACUUCGACGAUGAAGGAUUCUGUGACUUUCUGGAGCUUCUAAUUCACAAUGGAAAACUAAGCCUUCGCUUUUCAAUUUUUUGUGCCGAACCUGCCACGGUGUUGUCAGACACUGGAGUUGAUGACAAUAACUGGCAUUCUGUUAUCAUAAAGAGAAACUUCAAAAACACAACACUUAUGGUAGACAGAGAAGUAAAAUGGGUGGAGGUGAAAUCCAAAAGACGGGAUAUGACUGUCUUUAGCCAUUUGUUCCUUGGUGGGAUUCCGCCAGAAUUACGUACUGUGGCACUGAGGUUAACGUCAGCUGCGGUGAAAGACCAGGUUCCGUUCAAAGGAUGGAUAACUGAGCUUAAAGUCAACAGUUCGGAGGCCAUGCUCAUCAGUAGUGAAGGGGUCUUGAAUGUCACGGAUCCUUGUGGCAGAGACAACUUGUGUCUGAAUGGAGGAAUCUGCUCUGUUGUUAAUAAAGAAGCGAUUUGUGACUGCUCACAGACUGGCUACCAAGGGAAGGUCUGCAGUGAAGAAGACAACUAUGUGGAAGGUCUGGCGCACCUGAUGAUGGGCGACCAAGCAAAAGAGGAAUACGUCGCAACCUUCAAAGGGUCUGAAUACUUCUGCUACGACUUAUCCCAGAACCCAAUUCAGAGCAGCAGUGAUGAAAUCACGCUGUCGUUCAAAACUCUUCAGAGGAAUGGACUGAUGCUCCACACAGGCAAAUCAGCCGACUACGUCAACCUUGCUCUGAAGAACGGAGCCGUCUCUCUCGUCAUUAAUCUGGGGUCUGGGGCCUUCGAGGCGCUGGUGGAACCUGUGAAUGGGAAGUUUAAUGACAAUGCGUGGCAUGAUGUCAAAGUAACAAGGAAUCUUCGUCAGCACUCAGGCAUUGGACACGCUAUGGUAACAAUAUCAGUGGAUGGAAUUCUGACCACCACAGGAUACACACAGGAGGACUACACCAUGCUGGGCUCUGAUGACUUUUUCUAUGUUGGGGGCAGUCCUAGCACAGCUGACCUUCCAGGUUCACCUGUCAGCAACAACUUUAUGGGUUGCCUGAAGGAGGUCGUGUAUAAAAACAAUGACGUCAGGCUUGAGUUGUCCAGACUGGCCAAACAAGGAGAAGCCAAAAUGAAGGUUCACGGUGUUGUGGCAUUUAAAUGUGAAAACGUCGCCACCUUGGACCCAAUCACAUUUGAGACUCCAGAGUCCUAUAUCACGCUACAUAAAUGGAACGCUAAGAAAACAGGCUCCAUAUCUUUUGACUUCCGCACCACGGAGCCUAAUGGGCUGCUCCUCUUUAGUCAUGGCAAGCCAAAGCACCAUAAAGAUGCCAAGAAUCCUCAAAUGUUGAAGGUGGACUUCUUCGCUGUAGAAAUGCUUGAUGGCCAUCUGUACCUCCUCCUUGAUAUGGGAUCGGGUACGAUUAAAACACGAGCUGUAAACAAGAAAGUGAAUGACGGAGAGUGGUAUCAUGUCGACUUUCAGAGAGAUGGACGAUCAGGUACCAUAUCGGUGAACACCAACCGCACACCAUACACCUCACCGGGAGACAGUGAAAUCCUAGACCUGGAUGACAACUUGUAUUUAGGUGGCUUGCCAGAGAACAAAGUGGGCCUCAUCUUUCCAACCGAAGUGUGGACAGCGCUGCUCAAUUACGGCUAUGUGGGUUGCAUCAGGGACCUGUUCAUUGACGGUCAGAGCAAAGAUAUCCGGCGCAUGGCUGAAAUCCAAGCGGCCGCUGGAGUGAAGCCAUCCUGCUCCAAGGAGCCGGCUAAGCAGUGUCUCAGCAAUCCGUGCCGGAACAAUGGUGUUUGCAGGGAGGGCUGGAACAGAUACGUCUGUGAUUGCUCUGGAUCCGGAUACCUUGGUCGAUCAUGUGAAAGGGAAGCCACAAUCCUGAGCUAUGACGGAAGCAAGUUCAUGAAAAUUCAGCUGCCAGUGGUGAUGCACACUGAGGCAGAAGACGUGUCCCUGCGCUUCAGGUCUCAAAGAGCCUAUGGGAUUCUAAUGGCCACAACAUCAAGAGAUUCUGCUGACACUCUGCGCUUGGAACUGGAUGCAGGACGUGUACGACUCACAGUCAACCUAGACUGUAUCAGGAUAAACUGUAAUACCAGCAAGGGCCCGGAAACCAUUUUCGCUGGCUAUAACCUCAAUGAUAAUGAAUGGCACACAGUUCGUGUUGUUCGCCGGGGAAAGAGUUUGAAGCUGACUGUGGAUGAUUUACAGCCUGUGGAAGGACAAAUGGCUGGAGACCACACACGGCUUGAAUUUCACAACAUAGAAACCGGCAUUGUGACUGAGCGACGGUACAUGUCUGUAGUGCCUUCCAACUUCAUCGGCCACCUGCAGAGCCUAUCGUUGAACGGCAUGCCAUACAUCGAUCUGUGUAAAAAUGGUGACAUCGAAUACUGUGAGCUGAACGCCAUGAUUGGCUUCAAAAACAUCAUCGCUGAUCCAGUUACCUUCAAGUCUAAAUCUAGCUACGUGGCCCUCACUACACUGCAAGCCUACUACUCCAUGCACCUGUUUUUCCAGUUCAAGACCACGUCUUCCGACGGGCUGAUCUUGUUCAACAGCGGGGAUGGCAAUGACUUCAUUGUGGUGGAGCUUGUUAAAGGGUAUUUACACUAUGUUUCUGACUUGGGUAACGGUGCUCAUCUAAUCAAAGGCAACUCUAACAAGCCCUUGAAUGACAAUCAAUGGCACAAUGUGAUGAUUUCAAGAGAAACAAACAAUCUUCACACUGUAAAGAUCGAUACAAAAGUGACAACCCAAACCACUGUGGGAGCAAAAAAUCUUGAUCUUAAAGGGGACUUAUUUGUUGGUGGGGUUGCCAAAGAAAUGUACAAAGAUCUGCCCAAGCUGGUGCAUGCAAAGGAGGGUUUCCAAGGAUGCCUGGCUUCUGUGGAUUUGAACGGGCGUCUUCCAGACCUGAUCUCCGACGCACUGUCAUGUGUGGGACAGAUUGACAGAGGAUGUGAAGGCCCCAGUACUACCUGCCAGGAGGAUUCUUGUGCAAACCAAGGAGUGUGUCUCCAGCAAUGGGAUGGAUUCAGCUGUGACUGCAGCAUGACCUCAUUCGCUGGUCCUCUGUGCAAUGACCCUGGAACUACGUACAUUUUUGGCCGAGGAGGUGGACUGAUCACUUACACAUGGCCCCCCAACGACCGGCCAAGCACCCGCGCUGACAGGCUGGCUGUAGGAUUUAGCACCCAAUUGAAAGAUGCUGUUUUGGUGCGGGUAGACAGUUCUUCUGGGCUCGGAGACUACCUACAGCUACACAUUGAAAAGGGGAAUAUUGGAGUUAUAUUUAAUGUUGGAACAGAUGACAUUGCUAUUGAAGAACCAGCUAAGUUUGUAAAUGAUGGCAAAUACCAUAUAGUACGAUUUACUCGGAGUGGCGGCAAUGCCACACUGCAGGUGGACGACCUGCCUGUCAUUGAGCGAUACCCAACAGGAAACAAUGAUAACGAACGCCUGGCGAUUGCUAGACAGCGAAUCCCAUAUCGACUUGGUCGAGUAGUUGAUGAAUGGCUACUCGACAAAGGACGCCAGCUUACUAUCUUCAAUAGCCAAACAACUAUAAAAAUUGGAGGCAAGGACAGGAGCCGUCCAUUCCAGGGCCAGCUUUCUGGUCUUUACUACAAUGGCUUGAAAGUGCUGAACAUGGCAGUUGACAAUGACCCCAACAUCAAGAUCGAAGGCAGUGUGAGGCUCGUUGGGGAAGCACCGUCCUCUAUGACAACGGAGUCCAGUGCAACUGCAAACCAGUCCCAGACGUCCACCUCCAUAAUGGAAAUAACAACCACCACGGCAUCCAGCAGGAGAGGGAAGCCACCCACAAGAGAGCCACAGCCAACAGAUGACCUGCUUGUGGCAUCUGCUGAAUGUCCCAGCGAUGAUGAGGACAUUGAUCCAUGUGAGCCGAGCUCAGGUGGGUUAGCAAAUCCCACAGGACCCGGCUCCAAAGGCUUCCCAGGGCCCUCGGAGGUGAUCAGAGAGUCGAGCAGCACCACAGGAAUGGUGGUGGGCAUCGUGGCAGCAGCCGCUCUGUGCAUCCUCAUCCUCCUCUACGCCAUGUACAAGUACAGGAACAGAGAUGAGGGCUCCUACCACGUGGAUGAGAGUCGGAACUACAUCAGCAACUCAGCACAGUCCAACGGGACCGUGGUGAAGGAGAAGCAGGCCAACAGUGCCAAAAGUUCAAGCAAGAACAAGAAAAACAAGGAUAAAGAAUAUUACGUCUGAUCCAACUUAUAACACUUAUAAAAUAAUGUAGUCUUCAUUUUAUCUGAGACAUGGUAUAAUAAACUUAAUUUACUUUUUAAUCAAGCACAUAGGACAAAAAAAACAAAAAAAACAAACAGGAAAUGAGGCCAGAAAGGACAUACUGAAAAAAUGAAUUAAAAAUAAAUUAAAUUAAAAACAUUGACAUUUCAUGCUUUUGUUUCAAAGAAACAAGAGCCGAUUAAAAAGGAGAAAACAAACAAAAAUGAAAAAAGUCUUAAACAGUCAGUGUUUUCAUUUACGUUGCCUGUGUUUGUGUUGCUUGUUUAUAUUUUUUAAAUAAAAAAAUAUAUAAAGUGCCGCCAAAAAUUCAUAACGGAAUUAAAAUAAUACUGCUUUGAAGGAUAUCGCAAACAAAAAAGAUGCUACCUAUGAUUGUGGAAUCUGCCAACGUAUGUGAACUUUCUUAGAGCCGUGAGUGGCCAGAAAGGAAUUUGUGAUGGCUCAUCUAACAGACCCAACGAAGGUGCAAAGAAGAGGAAAAGAAGCAUUGGUUAUCAUAAUAGACUAAUUCGAAAAAAAACCUUUUGUGUUGUUGGGAUGGAAAUUGGAGGCCAUUAUUUCAACCCAAUGUGAAAUCUAAGGCAGAUGUUUUCAGAGAAUUACGAGGAUGUCUUGAUAAUUUGGGAAAUUCCAUGCACGCAAAGUAUCUUAUUACAUAUGUUUAUAUACAAACACAUCUAUAUGUGCUUUCUGGACUGUGAUGAGUGAUGUUUUAUAGCCUGUUGUAUAGAUGAUGCAAAUUAUAUCUGCUCUUCAGCCAUUUUUAGUAAAAAAUAAAAUAAUAAAAAAUAAAUAAAUAAAUGUUAUUAAGUGUUGCUAGAUAUAGAUUUUAUGACGUCAUCUGUAGGACUUUCUUUUUUUUUUUUAACAGUCAUUCUUAACCGUGUCAUUAUAUUUCCCUUGAACAGUUUGCAUUGUAAUGAGUGUCCUCUGUAUCUGUAUGAGGGAUAUGUAUGAAUGUAUGGUACAUAGAAGUUAGCUUUUUCCAAAACCUGUAUAGCAAUCCCAUUUAUCAUUUUAUUUGUUGACUGAAGAUAUAUAUAAAUGAGGGAAAAAAAUAAAUAUUAAAAAAAAUACAUGUCUAAAUGUGUUUGCCCCGCAAAAUAUUUAUUCAAUGCACAGAAAAUGGUGACAAACCCCUUUUGUGUCUUGCUGUGCAUUGGUUUAUUGGAACCUGCAAUCAGUCCUUAGAAAUUUUGGCAUUUGAUUGGUUAAAACCUCAUCGCAUGACCCAAAAUAGAUAUAAAUAUUGCCCCAUGACGCUUUUUUGGGUUAAUGUUUUUUUUCUCCCUCCCUUAAAUUACGUCAUCACGCUGAGCGUCCUCCUCUCCACACACAACACAGCAGAAUGCAUCUGGACAAACCCACAUCUGGAAAUCGAUUUUGUGACACAACAGAAAAUGAAUUACAAAAUAUACUACAAAACAAAGAUGCUGCAAACACUCAAAUCAUCAUAAUAACUUUGCUUUCAGUAUUUUCUGACUUCCUAAAAUCCAAACAAAUCCAACUCGAUGAUGUAAAUAAAUACAACGCAAUGAGAAAGUCAGACAGACAGUUCUAAACCAAAAAAACGGUAAUGUACUUUUUAAAACUAAAGCUUUGUUAAUUAUUGUAAUUUACUUGACUGGUUCAGAAAACAAAUAUGGACUGCAGACCUCAUAGUGGGAAACUAAAGGCCCCUCGGAGCCUGCGGCUUUGGGCAUUAUAGUCCCCUGUCGGUAACUAUAGUUCUUCCCUUGGGGGCUAUAGUUUCCCAGUUUCCCUCCAGUCUAUAUUGACUAUAUAUUUUUUUAAAUCAUAUGUUUGGUUACCGUUGCUGCUCUAAAAGUAAAUUGAUUAUUAUUAUUAUUAUUAUUAUUAUUAUUAUUAUUAUUAUUAUUAUUAUUAU